UCUUCCAUCGAUAAAACAGCUGACAGUUUUCCGAAUUCAUUUUUAUAAUUAGUUAAUUGCCCACAUCGGCAGAUUUAUUAGAAUAUUACUAUAAAAAAGAUAAAAGAUGAAUGAAGCGGAUAGUUUUGCUGAAAUAUUUAGAGGCGGCUUACCUCACUGCCUUCUCAUUGUUUUUUCUAUGUUACUAAUAUGUUCACCGGUAAUGCCAAGCGAAUUCGAGGUUAUUUCCAUGUCCAAAUACGAUCUAAAUGGGCAACAUUUUGGAAGCCGAGUAUCUGCAAUAUCUCUAGAAGCAAGAUCUUUGUAUUCAUGGAAUACUUCGAGGCACUGCGUUCUCACACGGUUAACCGACUUGUCUAUCCAUGAUUUUGACAAGUUAAGGCAAAGUGCCGGAGGAAUAAUUCUUAUGUUGCCGGCAAAUAUAUUGAACCUGGAUCUAGAAACCAAAGAACUGAUUACAAUUUUGGAGCAAUCAAUGCUAACACAUACGGCUGCGGUGCCCAUUUACUUCGCGCCCUACAAUAAAGAUUUAGAAAAGAUCAUCGAUGACAUUACCUACACGACCACGGAUAAAGUGGGUCAAAACCAAACCGCACUGGGACAAUUAAUUGUGACUGUCUCGGCCAACAGAUACCACGUAAAUGUCGGUGGUGGAAGCAUUGUGGCCAACAAGAAUAGCAAAGUUCCCAUUAUUCACGGCGAACUGAUACCAAAUCAGUUGGCCCUAAAACCCACGGAAUCAGUUGCAGAUGGACAAAAACUCCCCGUCAUAUUAAUAACCGCGAAUCUAAAAACAUUUGGAAUAUAUAAUGAUUAUCCUGUUAAUGCUGAUGCUGCCGUUUUAUUGGUGCUCAUAGAACUGUUUAGCAAGUUGCACCAUACCUCCAGUAUGGCACCCAAAUACCGUCUCCGAUUUCUGCUUUCGGACGCUGGCGUCCUACUUAACUUCCAAGGUUCGAAAAAGUGGCUUGAAGUAGACGAUAAUGCUCUACAGAAUGUUGAGUUUGUGCUUUGUUUGGAUACCAUUACGGAGAGUUUAUCUUACAAUGAAGACAAUGCCUUGUAUAUGCAUGUCUCCAAGCCACCGAAAGAGAAAACAUCUAUCAGCAACUUCUUCAAACUCCUGAAAUCAUCAGCUGAAAAGUAUUCGAACGGCUUAACGGUGGAGGGUGUGCAUAAGAAGAUAAACCUAGCAGACACUAAACUAGCUUGGGAGCAUGAGCGGUUUAGCAUAAAACGCUAUCCUUCAUUUACUUUGUCGUCAGUGAAAAGUCCAAGAAGUCCCAUUCGAACAACCAUUUUCAAAAACGAUGAAAGUCGUAUUGUGGAGCAUACUGUCAAUACGUCUAGAAUUAUUGCGGAGGCUCUGGCAAGUUUCAUGUACAAAGUGGAUCCAAUUUCCAGCAUUUUUGAUGGACAAUUGGCCAUUAAAGAAGAAAACAUAUUGCCGUACUUUGGAGUUAAAUCCAUAUUGCAUAAUAACGACGUUAAGGAUGCUUUCGAAAAAUACCUUAACAAUGUUAAAAUUAUAUAUGAUAAGCCCGACGGCAGAGAUCCAGACUUUAUGUUCUACAACGAGAACGAUGUGAAACUGAAUGUUUACAGAGUUAAACCAGCGAUCUUUGAUCUCUUACUUACUAUUGUUAUUGGUAUUUAUCUAUUGACUGUAUUCUGCGCCAUACAAUACUUUCCCCUAUUUUAUGAUGAAGUAUCGAAGCUAACAAAAGAGGAUCCCGUGGGACAACUUAACGGACAUUCUUCUGAACGACUUAAAAUGAAAUCACAUUAGUAACAAAAUGGUAUUGAGUAAUAUAAUAUUUGCAAGUAGGAAAAUGUGUGUCCAAAAUUAUUUUUCAAAACUUUACUAACACUAGAUGAACAAUUGUUACUUUAAAGAUAAUAAAUUCUAUAAAACUGUAGAAAUCUGCCCACGUGUGAUGUGGUGACCAUAAA